AGUUUCCCCCAAAAAGUAAGGAAAAACGUCCUGCGAGAGAAGGACGGUGCCAAGCGUACGUUUGAAAGUAGUGUAUCAGACUCCCAAGACGUAAAGAGAAGAAUAGUCGUAGAGUAAGACAUUUUUUAAAACGGCUUUCUGUCGGUGCCUGGCUGCAUAUUCGGAUAUAUUUUCUAACUCAGGCUUCAAAAGUGGAGACCGUGUUUUCUUCGAUAUCCUUGCAUUUCUUUAAACGAGAAAUGGAAGAGGGCUCAAGUUCUCCCAUCUCCCCUGUGGAUAGCCUAGUGACCAGCGAGGAGGAGUUGGACAGACAACAGAAAAGAUUUGGAAGGAAGAGGAGACACAGUAAAAAGACGAGCGAAGACAGCAGUCCGGGUUCCGUGAAACGGGGCAAAAAAACGAGUCCAAGCAGCAAUCAGUCCUACGAGGAGUUGCAGAACCAGCGGUGCCUGGCCAACGUCAGGGAGAGGCAAAGGACACAGUCGCUCAACGAAGCCUUCUCGUCUUUACGCAAAAUCAUCCCCACUCUACCCUCGGAUAAACUGAGCAAGAUCCAGACACUAAAACUGGCCUCCAGAUACAUAGACUUCCUCUAUCAGGUGCUGCAAAGCGAUGAGAUGGACAACAAGAUGUCGAGCUGCAGCUACGUUGCGCACGAGAGACUCAGUUAUGCGUUCUCUGUGUGGAGGAUGGAGGGCGCGUGGUCAAUGUCUGCAACGCACUAGCACCCAAAGCCCUUCACUCAUUGCCAAAGCGACUGUUUACUUCUACAAAGUAUGAAGACACCAAAUCUAUUGAAGAACCCACGAACCUCAGAAACAUUGUCAAGAGACGUAAAUGUGACACACAGCUCUCCUGGAGUGCGUUGAGUGCAAUUACCUAACACAUGGAACAGUGUGAAAAGGAGUCAAAAUAACCUUGAAAAUCAUGUUGCAUACUCAGACAGUGUUGUCAGACAGUGUGGUAUGACGCUUCUAGUGUCUACUGGUGCAUUAUCACGUUGUUUUCAUGUCGGUGAUGAUAGUAGGAAAAGCCAUAUUUGAUAUUUUUUGGGGGGAAAUUAUAUUUCGUUCUGUUUUUAAAAACAAUACAUAGAAGUAUAUAAAUGUUUCUUAUUGUACAUACCUGUAAGUAUCUUCAGCUUGUAAGGGACCAAUGCAAUUUAGAAUACGUUAUUGAAGUACGCUCCAUGGAUGUUCAACUCCGUUUUUUUUUUGCCUAUUUAUUAAAACACAUAUUUUUGAAUGA